AAUUAAUUUCUCUCGUCGAAGCUCAACCGCGACCUCAUGCAUCUAUAUAAACCACGAUCCUCACCCUAUUCCAAUUCACUAAGCUUUCAAAACACAAGUCAAAUUUUCUUCUUUUAUACUGCUCCAAAAGAAAAGUUUGCCUUCUUUGUUUUUCUUUUUUUUUCCUGAACCAAAACCAUGGCUGCUCUCAAGGUUGUCUGCGCUUUGGUGUUGUGCAUGUUGGUGGUUGAACCCAUGUCCAUUACUGCCUUAUCAUGUGGAGAUGUGGAUAAACAAAUGACUCCAUGCAUAAAAUACCUGCAGAAUGGAGGAAACUUGCCACCAAGUUGCUGCACUGGGGUUAGGGCCCUGAACAGCGAGGCUAGAACCACCUCUGAUCGCCAAACUGUUUGCAAGUGCUUGCAGGAUGCCGCUAAGACCAUCACUGGUCUUAAAGCUAACUUGGCUGAGGGCCUUCCAGGCAAAUGCGGUGUCAACAUUCCUUACAAGAUCAGCACCUCUACUAACUGCAACAAUGUGAAGUGAGAGGGAUGAAGUAGGGGUUAUCAGCAGCUUGCAGAAGAUAAAAGCGUGAAUAAAGAUUUUGGG